AACCCGGAUGUGACGUCACGUAUUUCCAAACUAUUCCCGGGCAACCGAGUAGAUCUUACCGUCAUGUCUCAAGAGUUUCACGUCGUCAAAUGUUUCAGCUGUCUAAGCUUCCAAGUACAACAGGUGAAGAAGGUCAAAAAGUGGACGUGUAAACUCUGCGGAGAGAAGCAAUCUUUGCUGAAGGAGUUUGGUCGGGGAAGUGGUGCUGACUGCAGACGUCAUGUUCAAAAAAUGAACGCUAUGAGAGGUGCCAUGUUGGAGGAAAGUGACACCCAGUCGCUAUGGAAUCAAGAGGACGAGGCAGGAAAUGAAGAGCGCAACGACGACCAAGUAAGAACACAGGUGGGCUUCACCCAGGUGAGCCGCUGGAGCAAGUACCUGGACCCACCCAAGGAAGAUGAUGAUGUUUUGACAAACAUUCAGCGUUUUGACAGGAAGCGAAGGAGAGAAGAUGAGGGCGAUGACAGCCGGACGCUGGAACAGACAUCAUUCAGCCAACGUGACAACACCCCCCACCAACUAGACCAAACCUCUCCCAGUUUGAAGACCACUGCCACCAACCCAGCUUGUGACUUCCAGGAAGCGGGGGUCCAGUUGAUCAGUGAGAGGAGUCUACAUGACGGUAGGGUUGCCAUGAGUGAGGCCCCAGCCCUCACAUGGCCCCGCCCUCUACUUCCUGGUUCCUCUAUGUUUGAGAGUGAAGAAGAUUUUGAUGUCACCUUUGAUCUGUAAUGAAAGACUUAGGUUGGUGUGCUUGAUGCUGAUUGGUCCACUGCUGUAACCAUACUUCCUACUUCCUCCUGUUGGGUGUUCAUGUUCUAUCUUUAGUUAGUGUUGCUGUAACAUUGAGAUUAAAAUCUAUCUUUGCAAUGUAAUUAA